AAAACAUUCCAGAAACUGCUAGAAAUUCUGUAGUUCCUCUGUUCUAUAUCUUUACCGCCAGAUUUUCUCCGUGUCGUUCCAACAAGGAACAUAGAUUUCAAUCACGACCACCAGAAGCCCUAGAUUCCGAACGACGUUGUAUAAGGUUGAGUUCUUCUACCUAUGGCUUCAACCUCCGCUUCAUCUUCUUCUUCGUCAUCCUCUCAAUUCACCUACUCAAGCGCUUCCUAUUUUCCUCUGCCCUUCCACCUUCAACAGUCUGAUCCAAUGGCCGCUGUUUCUCAGUACCCUAAGCCCUACGUUGCCCCUCCUCCGCUGCCUGUCCAAGUACCUGUGCCACCCGUCAAGAUUCCGGCUGUGGCUCCUGUGUACCCGGCUCCGGCGCCUGUUGCCGGCGUCUACUCGCUCCCGCAGUAUCAGCAGGCUCAACAGUUAUUCCAAAGGGAUGCACAGACAAUCACUCCUGAAGCUCUUGAGAGUGUAAAAGCUGCCCUUGCCAGCAGUGAAAUUGAGCACAAAGCUGAGACAAAGAAGAAAGCAAUUCCCCGUAAAGCUGCUGGUCAAACUUGGGAGGAUCCAACGCUUGCAGAGUGGCCAGAAAAUGAUUAUCGUUUAUUUUGUGGUGAUCUUGGCAAUGAGGUGAAUGAUGAUGUUCUUUCAAAAGCAUUUUCACGAUUUCCUUCCUUCAAUAUGGCUAAAGUAAGUUUCUAUUUCACUCAAGUUCUUUACCUUUUCUUUAUUAGGAAUUCUAUUUUUAGAUAUCAUUUGCUUGGUGCAUGGUGAGCUUUUUGCCCAUUC